AUGGAUAUUGAGUAGAAGAGAAAAAUUAAAGUCAAAACAAUAUCUCAAUAAGUCUUUGAGUUCGAAGUACCUCAAGAUGUAUUAAAAAAUAAUAUAAACGUAGAUAACAAUUGCAGACUUAAAAAAAGAAAUUUUUGAGAAAUCUUAAGUUCCUAUAGAUAGAUAAAGAUUGAUCUUUUUGGGAAAGGCACUUCUUGAUAAUUAAAAAUUAAAUGAAAUAAGUAUUUAAUAAAUAGAAAAUUAGUUAAGGAAGAUGAUCAGACAAUUCAUUUGAUGGCCAUUACUCAUCCACAAUAAACUCAAUAGGCAUAAUAAAAUUAAAAUCAAUAGUAACAAUAGAGGUUUUAAUUUGUGCCUGGAAUUCAAACUACUACAUAAAUCCAUAUAGGAGGAGGAGGAGGAGGUAAUUGUUUUAUGUAUAUUUCUACAUUAGAUGGCUAACCAUUUAUGCCACCAGAAUUAGCAAAUAUUCUAUCUAUGUUUGGACCUCCAAUAAUCAGGACAUAAUAACAAUAGUAACCGCCGUAAUAAUAAGCUUAAACUACUCAAUAAAGUUAAUAAUAAUAACAAUAAUAGCAAUAAUAAUAGCAAUAAUAGCAAUAAUAGCAGUAAUAAUAAUAAUAGUAAAAUUUACCAAGUUAACCCACACCUACUAGAUAAUAACAAUAAAUACCUUAAUAAUAAAACCAACCAUAAUUACAAUAAGUAACUUUAUUACCAAAUGACUAAUCUGGUGUUGGAGUACUUCUUCCAACAGAACAAAUUCAAUAAUUAAGUAGAAUACUGGGCAAUUUUUAUUAGUCUUCAUUAUUUGGAUUAUAAUUUUAAUUACCCUAAAUGACAGAGCAUAGAAAUAACAUUACAGUGUUGGGUCAUUAUCUUCAUUAAUUAUGCUAUGUUCUUUAAAGAUCUUUACCAGUCUUAUAAAGAGUAUCAGAUCUGUUAAUGAGGGAACCAUUUUUAACUUCUGAAACAUAAAGAAGAGAAACAAUGCAGCUAAGUAGAGACUCAGCAACAGUUGUCUAAUCAAUAAAUAGGAUGACUAGUGAUUUAUAUUCUGCUUUGCUUCGAUUUUUAGUUCUUGGAUCUGCUCCAGGAUAAUUUUAAUUAUAGGUACCAAACUAAUUAAUAGCUCACAAUCAUCACCGUCAUCAUCAUGGAAUUAUCAAUGUAUAACAUUAACAUAUUGCCAGAAAUCAAUAAUAAUAAUAAUAAUAAUAAUAAUAAUAAUAAUAGUAAUAAUAAUAAUAAUAAUAAUAAAAUCAAUAAACUUAAUCAUAAUCAACCUAGUAAUCAUAAUCAACGUAAUAAUCCUAAUCAUAAUCAACUUAAUAAUAAUAAUAACCAUAAUAAAAUUUGUUAAGUUCAUUAGGUCAGAUGUUAAAUUAAUUUUCAUAAAAUCAAAAUUUAUAAUAAAAUAAUUAACAACAGAUACAAGUUGAAUAAUAAGGGGAUCAAAUUAUUAUUGAUGCUUAAGUUUUAGAGAUUGAUGCAGGAAGCGAAUCAGAAUCAAAUUAAACUGGAUAGUAAUAAUAAAAUAAUAAUCCUUUAAACGCUAUCAAUAAUUUAGUGAAGUAUUUAUUGUUUUUAUAAUUUAGCAACAUAAUUAAUUUAGAAUAAUAAUAAAACCAAUUUUAACCCCAACAAUAAUUUGGAUCUCAGCAAUAAUCUUAGCCAUAAGGGCAAAAUUAAUAACCCCAAUAACAAUAGAGUACCCAGAACGUACCUUAAUAAGCACAAUCGAUUAUGUCUGGUUUGCUUGGAAAUCUAGGGCUAGGAGGUCAACAAGGAGGAGCCAAUUUAUUGACAAUGACUUUACAAGAACUUAUUAUGUAAAAUUAUUCAAAUCAAAUGGAAGAUGGCGAUAUAGAAAUUUUAUAUAUAUUUUCAUAAGUUAAAGUAGCGGAUAUAAUGGCUGCACAGUUCUCAGGCAAUUAUUCAUUUUUAGAUGGAUUACAAGGAAGCAUUAAAGAUAAUUUACAUAAUUUAAUAAGCAAAAAUGAAGGAAGAAUAGAAUUAAUCGAAAAAAUAGCAAAUUCAUUUUUAUCUACAGUAGUUCCUAAAGGAAGUGAUUAGAAUUUAUUAAUCGAAGGAUUUGAACCAAGAAUUACAGCUUCAGAAGCUCUGGUAAAACAUAUCAAAUAAUUUUUCUUAAUAAUUGAAAAGGAUUAUACAAAUAGUGUUGAAAAGUUUAGUGAUGCAAUAGUCAGUCAAUUCUUUAAAAUGAUUGGAGAAACUGCUUAUGAAGUUUCAGAGGGAUUAGUUCAUGGUCUUGAUGAUUACAAAUUAGUUAUUUAGUACUUAAAACUAUCAUUAUUAGGGCAAACCUUUAGGAGUUAUUAAGAAAAUCUGUUGGUCAAGAAAUGGCUAUGAUAUUUGGUAAUAUGCUCUGGGGCAUGAUAGAAAGGUCCUAUAAUUAACAUAAAAAAUCUCUUGAAUAAUCGCAAUCAAAAAUAUAAUAAGAAGAGUAGUUAACAGAGGAAUAAGUAAGAUUAAUUGGUUAUAAAUUUAGUUGUUAAAGGAGAUUAAUGAGGCUAGUUAAGCUUGCAAAUAAAAUAGCCAAGUUAAUUUUUCUAAUGAAUAUAAAAAAGGAGAUCCAGACUAUAAAGAUUUUGAUUGAUAUAUUUGGAAUUUGU